AUGUCUUUAUCUGGUAAAACUUCACUUAUUGCUGCUGGUACUAAAAACUUGGGAGGAGAAAGUGCUAAAGAAUUAGCCAAAGCUGGUUCAAAUCUUUUCUUGCAAUACAGAUCAAACCCAGAAGAAGCUGAAAAAUUCAAACAAGAACUUUUAAAAGAAUUCCCCAAUAUCAAAGUUGAAAUUUAUCAAUCUAAAUUAGAUAAAGCUCAAGAUCUUACUAAUUUAUUCGCAGCUGCUAAAAAAGCAUUUCCUAAUGGUAUUGAUAUUGCUGCUAAUUUUGUUGGUAAAGUUGUCAAAGGUCCAAUUGCUGAAGUUACUGAAGAACAAUUUGAUGAAAUGGAUCUUGCCAAUAACAAAAUUGCCUUUUUCUUUAUUAAAGAAGCUGCUAUUAAUGUAAACGACAAUGGUAGAAUCAUCAACAUUGUCACUAGUUUACUUCCAGCUUAUACAGGAUUAUAUGGAUUAUAUGGUGGAACAAAACAAGCAGUUACUUAUUAUGCAAAAGCCGCACUGAAAGAGUUGAUUCCAAGAGGUAUCACUGUCAAUAAUGUUGGUCCUGGUCCUGCAGCUACUUCAUUUUUAUUUGAUUCCGAAACCAAAGAAAGUAUUGACUACAUGUCAUCUGUGGCAAUUGGUGGAAGAUUAACUCAAACUACUGAUAUUGCUCCUAUUGUUAAAUUCCUUGCUACUGAAGGAGGUUGGAUGACUGGUCAAACUCUUUAUGCUUCUGGUGGUUUCACCGCUCCAUAA